GCAUAACUAGGAACUCAGCUGUGCCCGCUGGUCUCGCUUUUUGCAUCUCUAAGCUAAUCAACUUUGAGCAUUCAACUCCCAAAAGUGACCUUGCAAAGUGAGUUAGUUGUGGAUAUCUACUGCUGGCUGUGCAGAAGAAGGAGCAUGGAUCCAGGAGGCCCCGGGUCCAGGACUGGAAGGACUUUCUGGACUUUCUGGAACUACAUCACAGAUAUUGUGGGCCGAUUUCUCCGAGCAGAACCUCCUGGCACCGAAAAAAAUGCUACAAACAACGUCAACUCAACACCAACCAAUGAUGAGCUAUUGGACAGUCAUCAUAAAGACAACGCCACUGAAGAGCGGGAAGAAGUGCAUGUUGAUCCUGCAUUCUCUGUUGGCUCUACACGACCUGUUGUUUUGUGGGACACCGGAUCAGAGCUUCAGCCAGAAAUGAGGCAGAACAUAGAACAAGACGAAAUGAAUGAGAACGAUGAUGGUAAAAAAGACAAAGAGAUAGAAACUGGAAACGAUGUUGUGACUUACCUGCCCAUUUCUUCAACAACAAUAGACAACCCCGAACAAAGCAGUGAUGUAAUAAGAAAUGAUGAAGAAUUGAUGCCAAAGAUACUUGUUGACAGUCAGGAUGAAAUGAUCAAUAUCGACAUGAAAGUGUCUAAGCAAUACUGUUCAGAAGAGGCUAACAAACCACAAAGCAAAGAGCAACUGAAUGCAAUUUCUAAAGAAGGUUUUAAUGAACAAAACACUUAUUCAGCUGUGGAGCCAGAACUUACCAGCGAAGACACAAAAACUGUCAAACAAACGUGUUGUGAACAACACGAUGGAAAACUACUACUAAGUGAUAAUAUGGAUUUGGAGGAGUGUGUGUCAAUUAUAGAGAAACAGGAACACGUAGAGGCUGAUGGGAAUGAAGAAUCUGCAAGUGUUAAAUCAGACAGAGAUGGCAACAAAAAUGCAAUGGAGGGAACAGCAGAAAUAAAAAAUAUGACAGAUGAAGAUCGAUACCGUGAAACAAUGUGCUACGAUGUCCUACAAAACACACAUUUAGAGUUAACACAACAAAACACUUGUAUGAUUGAAGUGACUCAUACCAGUGAUGAGGGAUUAAAUAGGAUGAACACUGAAGAUAUGAAGAAACCACACAGUUUAGUUUUGGAGACAGAAAAUUUGUGUAAACAGGAUGACAUUAGUGAAUCUUAUGAAGAAGAUGUGGUUAUGAUGCAGAAUAAUCCGGACAUAGAAAACCUGGAAAAAUUGUCUGACAUGGAAUCUUUGAUGUCUGAUAACACUUGUGUCGUUGUUGAAUCAGAAGAUGAUGAAAAAGAAACUGAAUUUCAGAAAGAAGAAAUUGAAAUGAUGGAAAAUGAUGAUGAUACAAUGACAAACCAAAAUGCAGCGUUUGAUUUAGUGGAUGGAAACAAUGCAAAAGAAACAUGUCCUGCUCUAAUUAUAGAUAAAGAUAUCACUCAAACAUAUACUUUGGAGGAGACUGAUGGUGAAAGUAGCACUGAAGAAUCAACAGAUAUGAACAAAGAUGAUCUGAAUAAACUACACUCUUCUAUGGUUUUGGAAACAGAAAAUAUGAGCAAACAAGAUGACAAAAAUGAAGUUCAUGAUGAGAAUAAAGAUGAUAAGGUUCUGACGCAGAAUAAUCUGGACAUAGAAAACCUGGAGAGAUCGUCUGACAUGGAAUCUUUGAUGUCUGAUAACACUUAUGUCACUGUGCUGGAAGAGAAGGAAAGUCAUGUAAAACAGGAGCUCACAGUCGCUAUUACAGCUGAUGAUUCUGUUAAAUCAGAAGAUGCUGAAAAAGAAAGUGAAAUUCAGAAAGAAGAAAUUGAAAUGAUGGAAAAUGACAAUGACGACGUGACAAACACAAAUGCAUCAUUUGACUCUGAGGAUGGAAACAAUAGUGUUAUAGAUCAAGAUAUGAUCCAAACAUGUACUUUGGAGGAGACCGAUGGUGAAAGUAGCACUGAAGAAUCAACAGAUAUGAACAAAGAUGAUCUGAAAAGACAAGACAAUAGACAAGAAAUUGAAAUUAUGGAAAAUGACGAUGAUACAAUGACAAACCAAAAUGCAGCGUUUGAUUUAGUGGAUGGAAACAAUGCAAAAGAAACAUGUCCUGCUCUAAUUAUAGAUAAAGAUAUCACUCAAACAUAUACUUUGGAGGUGACCGAUGGUGAAAGCAGCACUGAAGAAUCAACAGAUAUGAACAAAGAUGAUCUGAAAAGACAAGACAAUAGACAAGAAAUUGAAAUUAUGGAAAAUGACGAUGAUACAAUGACAAACCAAAAUGCAGCGUUUGAUUUAGUGGAUGGAAACAAUGCAAAAGAAACAUGUCCUGCUCUAAUUAUAGAUAAAGAUAUCACUCAAACAUAUACUUUGGAGGUGACCGAUGGUGAAAGCAGCACUGAAGAAUCAACAGAUAUGAACAAAGAUGAUCUGAAUAAACUACACUCUUCUAUGGUUUUGGAAACAGAAAAUAUGAGCAAACAAGAUGACAAAAAUGAAGUUCAUGAUGAGAAUAAAGAUGAUAAGGUUCUGACGCAGAAUAAUCUGGACAUAGAAAACCUGGAGAGAUCGUCUGACAUGGAAUCUUUGAUGUCUGAUCACACUUAUGUCAUUGUGCUGGAAGAGAAGGAAAGUCGCGUAAAACAGGAGCUCACAGUCGCUAUUACAGCUGAUGAUUCUGUUAAAUUAGAAGAUGCUGAAAAAGAAAGUGAAAUUCAGAAAGAAGAAAUUGAAAUGAUGGAAAAUGACGACGUGACAAACACAAAUGCACCGUUUGACUCUGAGGAUGGAAACAAUACUGUUAUAGAUCAAGAUAUGAUCCAAACAUGUACUUUGGAGGAGACCGAUGGUGAAAGUAGCACUGAAGAAUCAACAGAUAUGAACAAAGAUGAUCUGAAUAAACUACACUCUUCUAUGGUUUUGGAAACAGAAAAUAUGAGCAAACAAGAUGACAAAAAUGAAGUUCAUGAUGAGAAUAAAGAUGAUAAGGUUCUGACGCUGAAUAAUCUGGACAUAGAAAACCUGGAGAGAUCGUCUGACAUGGAAUCUUUGAUGCCUGAUCACACUUAUGUCAUUGUGCUGGAAGAGAAGGAAAGUCGCGUAAAACAGGAGCUCACAGUCGCUAAUACGACUGAUGAUUCUGGAAAUGUUAAAUCAGAAAAUAGUGAGAAAGAAAAUGAAAUUCAGACAGAACAAAGUGAAAUGACUGAAUAUGACGAUGACAGCAUGACAAGCCAAAAUGCAGAGCUUGAUUCUGAGGAUGGAAACAAUGCUAAAGAAACAUGUCCUGAACCAAUCGUAGAUCUACCGUUUACUACCGAUGUUAAAAGCAUCACUGAAGAAUCAAAAGAUUUGAACAAAGAUUCUAUUAAACUACACACGUUUUUUGGAUGA